AUGAAGAAGACGACUGCGGCGGCUCCACACCUAGCGGCGGUGGAAAGCUUUGUCAAUGAUAAUCUAUUCUCUAAUUUCAAGAGUUUUGCAGCUGAAGAUCAACGUGUUUCAGAAAAGGUUAUAAAGAGGGCAUUUUCUGCAACAGGAGAUGAUUUUCUGGCUCUUGUGAAGAAGCAAUGGCUAACAAAACCGCAGAUAGCAUCUUCUUUCAGUUCACCGUAUUACACUUCUGAUACUUGUUAUUUUACCGGGAUAAUUUGCAAUGGCAUGUUGUAUGUUGCAAAUACAGAAGAUUCGAGAGUCGUGUUACGAAGAGUGAAGAAGGGAACAAAGGAAACAUUAGUUGUUCAGUUAUCUGCAGAACAUAAUGUCAACAUAGAAACUGAGAGAAACGAUGUCCGGUCGAAGCACCCUUACAAUCCACAUAUUGUGGUUAUGAAACACUCAGUUUGGCGCGUCAAAGGCAUCAUACAUAUUACAGAAAGAGUAGGGGAAGUAGCUUAUCGCAUUGCUUUACCGCCGAUACUUGCGAAUUUGCACGAUGUGUUUCAGGUAUCUCAGUUGAGGAAAUACACUGCGGAUCCUUCUCUUAUGAUCCAAGUGGAUGAUGUACAAGUGAAAGACAAUCUGACAGUUGAGGCAUCUCCUAUGAGGAUUGAAGAUAGGAAGUUGAAGCAAUUACGUGAUAAAGAGAUAGCGUUGGUCAGAGUAGCUUGGGGAGGACCAACAUGUUGA